AUGGUCAACUGGUCUCCGUUCGUCAUGUCUUUCAAGAAAAAGUACCCUUGGAUCCAGCUGGCGGGUCAUGCAGGUAGGCCUUGACAACGCUGCCUCUGGAAUGUGGGGAUUCUGUGUUCUACUCUCCUUGUGUUGGGAUAUACUUGCAAAUCAUAUAUUCAAAGGCUCAGUACUAGGGCAUAACUAAGAGUUUGAUCCUAUUUGUAUAUACUGUGGCUAGGCUACCUGAAAUUGAAUGGUCCAUUCAGAAUCAGAUAAUACCUUUUCUUUAGCAACAGGACAAAACAAAGUAAAGCAGGCCUACUGUGAACACAAAUCAUCCUCUAAUGUUUUUAUUGCAUGUGAUGGUUCCUCUCAGGCAGUUUCAAGGCGGGGGCUAACGGGCGGAUCCUGAAGAAGCACUGUGACUGUGAGCAGCGCUGCUUGGACUGGCUGAUGAAAGACGUGCUGCGUCCCUACGUACCGGCCUACCACGGAGACGUGGAGAAGGACGGGGAGAAGUACAACCAGAUGGAUGAUCUGCUCUCUGAGUUCGACCUGCCAUGCGUCAUGGACUGCAAGAUGGGUGUCAGGUGAGUGUGGGUUGACAGACCUUUAUAGAUAGAUGCAUCUCUGUGUUGAAGUUACACAUAGGCACAGAUCUAAUCUCAGUUUACCCUCUGGAUAUCCUAAUUUAAAUUUUUCGGGGGUGAAUGAAAAUAGACCUUAGAUCAGUGUUUGCUAGCAACCUGGACAUCAUUGUAGCUCUCAGAUCUCUUUGUUCCAUUUUGACAGGUUAGGGUUAGGUCCAACAUUCAAUCAGGCAGACAUCCAUUAGGCGUAAGGCCUAAGAGUGACCAUCACCCUCCCCUAGAGUGGAGAGAUGUACUGUAGGCAGCUGGCCCUUCUCAGACACACCAUGACAUAAAUCAGCCUGUGGGGAAAGUAUUGUGAAACCACUUCCAUUCCUUUGGGUGAAUUAUUACGCUGCCGAACUCCACAUACUGUACGUGUUACAGUUGUCAAAAUCUCCCUUGUUAAAUUUACAUCAGAUGUAUACCAGAUAUGGGUUGUAAUUAUUCUCUCUCCGAGUCACUUUGCAAAGUUAUUACUGACCAGUGAAAUAUUGGAGACUCUUCUGAGGCACUUUGAACUGGGUGCUAACAGGUCAGGCCUGUUUUGCUACAGUAUCCUAUACUCUACUGCUGUGACGAAUAGCUGUGUUGCCCUUUGGCCUUCAUCACUCUCCCUGCUCUCUCCCUCCUCUCAUCUCCUUUCCUCUCUAGCACAACUUUGGUUAUGUGAGCGGUCUCUGGAAUGGCCAGUAUGUUAUCAUAUUUUAAACCAGCCUUUCCAAACACAACAAGUUGGUGCAGUGCUAACAGACUAAAUGGCCUGUUAUUGAGGUAGCUGGCUACUGCAGCACGAAUGAGAAGGAUCAUUUUAAUCUAGGAAAGGUUAAGAAAAUCCCUUAUUCAGGGAUGAACUGAAGAGAAGGGAACCCCUCCUCUUGUCUUCACUGCAAUAAUUAUUCUACAGUAUAUUAUGUGAAAGAAAACAGUUAUUCUUCUUUCACAUGUUGGCCCCUGGGACAUGAUCACUCAUAACAGCUUUGUCAAACAAGAUCUGAAUUAUCAUUAUUGUAUUGCACAAUGUUUGCACAAUAUAUUGUAUAGAUUGUAUUCAAAUGGCUGAUAAAAGGAAAUAAAUUAGGUUGCUGGACUGGUUACACCAUAAAACCAUAAAAUCUCAUUCUGUCAGGAACUGAUGUGGAUGUGGUGUAGGAGUCAGGCGCAGGACACGGAGGCUUAGUCCAACAGACUUUACUAGUCAUAAAGUGACAAAAUACAAAACACGGGCCUCGAAACAAACAGAGGCGAGCGAUUACGCAAAACGUGCGUAAAAACACCAAACAAAUAAACAGAGCAGAAACACGCAGCUCCUACCGACAGGCGGACAAUAACACACAACACAAGACUAACCAAACGAGAAACUUAUAGGAGACAUAAUCAACCAAACAGGAAACAGGUGUACACAAUCAGACAAAACCAAACAGACAUCGAAAACAUCAAACGGUGAUAGCUAGUACUCCGGGGACGACGACCGCCGAAACCUGCCCGAACAAGGAGGAGGAGCAGCCUCGGCCGAAACCGUGACACAUUCAAAAAAGUCAGUACCAAACAGAUGUUGCUUCUCUGUCCACCAAAGGACGUACCUGGAGGAGGAGCUGACCAAGGCCCGUAAGAAUUCCAGUCUGAGGAAGGACAUGUACCAGAAGAUGGUGGAGGUGGAACCCCUGGCGCCCACACCCGAGGAGCAGGAGCAGCAGGCGGUCACCAAGCCCCGCUACAUGCAGUGGAGAGAGACCAUCAGCUCCACCGCUACACUGGGCUUCCGCAUCGAGGGCAUCAAGGUAAGUCACGGGAUAGGGGAAGGGAGUGGGGACCGCUGAACUGCUUUGUGAAUGGACACCAUUAUGCACUGUGAUAUACGGUAGAGCAGGGGUCGACAACAGGAGUGUAUUUUGUUUUUUGUGUGUAUCAAAAAUGACUAAAAAAUCACAAGGAAUUCAGCUAAGAAUGAGUUUAAUUAGGGAAAUCUGUUCCCAGGUAUUCCCAUGAAUAAAAAAAGAGACAUAUAUGAACGUGUCUCAAUGUAAUCAAGGUUUCAAAUACAAUCUAUUUUUGGGCUUAGUUGUGGUAAAUUUAGCAGAGUACUAAUUAUUAUAAUUAUGUUCCGGCCCCCCGACCAUCCGCUCCGACGAAAAUCGUCCCUUGGCUGAAUCUAGUUGCCUAUCCCUGCAGUAGAGAGAAGCAUUGUAACAUAAAGUCAUACUCUAUAAAACUCAUUUAACAUCCAUUAUUGGAAAAGGUUAACACUAUAGGGAAGGUGACCAAAUACUGCAUCUGCCAGUCUGUACACUCAGUAGUUACUAAUCAAAAAAUUGAUUUCAAAAUCUAUCCAUAAUGAAAACAGUAAUAAUGUGAAAUUGAGAGUGUAAUUCUGCUUAGAAGGGCUGACCAUGAUGGUCCUGCUUGGUUUGUGUACAGACAUACCCUGCAGUCGCCCCUUAAUAGCAUUCCUCAUACUGAGGGUUGCCAUGGCCAACAGGAGGGAAUACCCUCUAUUCGGUCUCAGUAUGUAUAGGCUGUGUUGAGUGCUUUUGUCACACAUAGGGCCUGCUUGUGACACAUCUAUUGACAGUAACAUCAGUUGCUGAUGCAUCCCAUUCGCUCCUACACACCAUCAGUCUCCUUCAAGCUGAAACUAAUACAUUCAGUGCAGCAGCACACAGACAGACAGACAGAUGGCCUGAUCGUGUGAUUCUGCCUCAGUAAAGCUAAGCAUACUAAUAAUCAUAUUCGGAGAAAGCGGGUUGCAACAAAAAAAGAGCGUAUCUGCAACAUAUCCUUCCUAGGCAAAUAUAUUACACAGGGCUAGUCUAAUUCCUCCUAAAGCCAAGAGGGAGACAUCCUGGCUAUGUUUGGGCCGUAACACCGUCUUCCAGAAUCUGUCUCCUCUAAUGAGGCCCUGAGGUUUGACUCUGGAGGGCUAUAGACAGAUGUGCAGGAUGAAUAGUUCAGACUGGACUGGCAGCGUAGGGAGCAGCAGCAGCAGGGCUGUCCGGAAUUUCCACUCCUCUGUCUCUCUUUUUCCCGACUCCAGCCAUGUCCAUAGAUGGCCGCGGCCCGCAGAGCUCUGAUGGCUCUCUCUGUUGUCAUGACAUCAGGGAUUGCCCUUGGAGACUGUGUGUGGAAUCAAAAGUCUCUGUGAGUUUUUAGAGAGCACACAGCUGCUGUUGUGUCUGUUGGGCCCGAGCUCAAUGCCCAUAUUAUUGUCUGCCUGCAUUUCUACUGAGACAGUAGAGCACAGUGCUGUGGUAGAGUUAGAAUAUGAGCACAUUAAGUAUGUGGAGACACGUCCUCUUGUCUUAGAGAGAUGAAGCAAAACGUUGGGCCAUUUUCCUGUUUUAGUCACCUCUUUCAGCAGGGUUUUGCUGCUUAAAGAAAUGGCUAUGUAUAAUAGUAUAGUAGUACUACUGAGUAGUAGGCAUAAAGGCAUUCGCUUGCUUCCCAGCCAAAACAGUUCGGAAGAGUUCGUGCAUACAGUAUAUUAUGACGACAUUUUGUGACGUUUUUGUUCGUUUUAGACUUCGGUUAGGUUUUCUUCGGCUGUUCGGGCACCCAAUUUUUUUUCUGGAGGCAAGCCGAGGUCGGUAGCUGAAGUCGGUAGCUGAAGUCUACAGCCCUUCGUCUGUGAUUGCUCAACAGUAGGGAUUCUUCAAUAAAUGAAUUCGGACUAUUAUGAGGCUGGCUACGGCGUCUCAAAAUGAACAAAUUAUUGCCGCUUUUUUCACGUUUUUCAAGCGAAGAUCUUUUAAGGGAGUAUGCGAGCACACUCGUUCGUAUCACCUAGCUGACUUCGGCUAGCCAUCAGCCGAACUGAAGCAUGCUGAUGCCUCAAGUGCCACGGUAUGGGUCUGACUUUUGAAGUUAUUUAGCCUCCCCUUGAAUGAUAGCCAUUUCUAUCAAGCUAGCAGUGUGUCACAUGUAUACGGGGACCUCAGACAUAAUGUAAUUGUUGGAGGCCCCAUCCUGCCCACCCUGUCUUUCUUUCCCUUCCUCUGUGCAGAAGGAAGACGGGACGGUAAACAGAGACUUUAAAAAGACCAGGAGCAUGGAGCAAGUGACAGAAGCAUUCAACGACUUUCUCAAAGGAAACCAGAACAUCCUGGUGAGUGUGUGUGCAUGUGUCUCUGUGAUUCUUUCGGUGUGUGAGUGAGAGUGUGCUCGUGCGUGCCUCCGUCUAUGUGUGUGUGUGAGCCGGAGCCCCCUAACGCUGCGGCAGACCUCUCCCUGCGCCAUGGUCAAAUGGCCCCUGGAGGGAGCUCCCAAGGACUUCUCCCUCUCUAAUGGCCCAGGAAGUGAGGUCAUAGCCGGGACGGCUGUGUGGGAUUUAGCUCUCCCGGGGUCCUGGAAACAGAAUAGGGAAAUUAAACAUUCAAACAAAAUGUCCUCCAUUCCAUUCCACAUUGGUUUGUCAUGUGUUUAUCUGGCACCACUAGGCCCAAGCCAAGGUUAGCAAGCCAAGCCAAACACACUCUAUCUGUCACUGUGUGGUGGGCCUUGACCCUACUGUUGAGUACUUAACUGUCACUCAUGUGUGGUCUUCAUCUCUCUCUCUACUGAGCUGAGCUGUUGCCACAUAAGGGUUUGCACUAUGGAGUUAUCAUAAUUCAUAGAAUGGUCUGUUUAUGAGUAAUGUUCUGUAAUGAAUACAGGGCCUGUAUCCACAAAUCGUCUCAGAAAAGGUCCUAGGAAUUCAGUAGCGGUGCGUGGGUAAAAUCACUGUUGAAGCCAAGCCAGGAAAAUAAACAUAUUACUAUUACAACCUAUGUUGUGAUAAUUGCGUUGUUUGCUCUAUAACCCAUUUGUUCAUACGCCAGCAUGAUAUACAAUAAGGCCGUGACAACAAAAAUACACCAGUCACACAGUGGCGGAAUAAAUUCAACCACAAAUUUGUUUAAUCUCAAAACCAUAGAGCAACAUCUGUCCGGUGAAGUCCACAAAGCAAAUAUUGCAUGUAACAAAUAGUUAAAUAACCUACAACAUUGUCAAGCAAGUUAAUGUUUCUGACAGUUUACUAAACAACUACUGAUUUAGAACCAAAGAGAACUACAGCAAGUGAACACAAAGAAAACAGGAGCACUGCAUCACCAUUUAAACUUAAACAUUUCAACAUAAUUAAAUCAACUAGGCUAUGGGGGCCCGAUUCCGACUUAGGAAAUGACGCCUUUCUUACACAGUUCUCAGUAGUUGGUGUUCAGACUUACCUUAUGCAGGUGCGUAAUGUGCUUUGCAGGCGUGGUUCCCUUGCACGCGCUGAAUAAAUGUCAUUCAACCCUCCCACUUGCUGGCCAACAGAUUUUCUCGUGGAGUUUUCAUUCAAUAGGGUUUUCAGUACAUUUAUCUUAAGCCAUCCCUUUAAAUACGGUGUACCUUUAAUUAGAAUUUUGUCCACAGACUAGAAUACAUCGAGAGAACAAGUUCAGAAAAUAGGGAUCAAUGAAAGAAUGCCAUCAAUGCAUCUUCGUCUCCGUUUCAGCACCAACUGGUAGAUAUAAAAAUACUCUGAUCUUGUAGAUUAUUUAGGCAUAUUUUAGGGUUAGGAAAGUAUGUAUGAAUCAUUUACAAAAAUGGUUUGGAGAGCCUUUACACACAAAAUAUAUUGAGGAAUUAAAAAUACAGUGGUUUGGUUCAUCCUGUUGUCAUAUUCAAGUUCAAUCCAUGAAAUAAUGGAAGGUGUAACAAAUGGAAUGGAAUGGAUUGAAGCAAAAUGUAAGCUACAAAUUGAAGAAUACUAACACUGAAGUGACAGUUAUAAAUGUAUGUGGGUAUUACUGACGGUGUCUCCCAAUAGUGGCUAAUAUUUAACAUGAUACAAAUUGUAAAAUAAAAGGGAGGAAAGCCUGGGCAUAGGCUAUAAUUAAAACAUUCUAAAGUGCAUACAACAACUCGGCAGGUUCAGCCCUAAAGAAGCCUAUAGCUUGGGUGUCCAAAUUUCAUCCACACAAAUUAUGAGGGCACACAAUACAAAUUCUAAAUAACGGCACAGCUAUUUAUAGCCUAUUUCACUGUGGGAAAGGGGCCGCAAUACAUGUCAUGUUGAUAUAAUUUUCAGUUUGCUUCCUUAUGGCUGGUUUCACAUUCGUCUCCAGAAAUCUUAAGGGCAGGAGGUAGCCUAGCGGUUAAGAGCGCUGGAACAGUAAUCGAAAACUUGCUGGUUCGAAUUCCUGUGCAGACUAUGUUAAAAAUAUGCUGAUGUGCCCUUGAGCAAGGUACUUAACCCUAGUCGCUCUGAAUAAGAUUUAUGUAAAUGUACAUACAUCAAAAUAUAGGGAACUAUUUGUAUUUACAAUCCCCUUAUCCAAACAGAUUACUCAUUUACAUAGCUCUUAUCCAUUUAUAAAUUACAGUGCAUGGAGAAUGCUGUUAUUUCUAUCGGGAAAAAAUAAAGUACACUGAACAAAAAUAUAAACGCAACACGCAACAAUUUCAAAGAUUUUACUGAGUUACAGUUCAUAUAAGGAAAUCAGUCAAUUUAAAUAAAUAAAUUAGGCCCUAAUCUAUGGAUUUCACAUGACUGGGAAUACAGAAAUGCAUCUGUUGGUCACAGAUACCUUUAAAAAAAUGUAAGGGCGUGGAUCAGAAAACCAGUCAGUAUCUGGUGUGACCCAUUUGCCUUAUGCAGCGCAACACAUCUCCUUGGCAUAGGGUCGAUCAGGCUGUUGAUUGUGGCCUAUGGAAUGUUGUCCCACUCCUUUUCAAUGGCUGUGCGAAGUUGCUAGAUAUUGGCGGGAACUGGAACACGCUGUCGUACACGUUGAUCCAGAGCAUUUCAAACAUGCUCAAUGGGUGACAUGUCUGGUCAUGGAAGAACUGGGACAUUUUCAGCAUUGAGGAAUGUACAGAUCCUUGCGACAUUGCUGAAACAUGAGGUGAUGGCGGCAGAUGAAUGGCACGACAAUGGGCCUCAGGAUAAAAUGCAAUUAUGUGUCAUUGUCUAUGGUAACCCACGGCCAAAGGGGACUGUUACAACUUGCUAGCAACCGCUCGCCACAACCAUAACCCCAAAAAGCUGGUCCACCAUGGGCACUCUGUUCACAACUUUGACAUCAGCAAACCGCUCGCCCACACGACACCAUACACGCUGUCUGCCAUCGGCCCGGUACAGUUGAAACUGGGAUUCAUCCGUGAAGAGCACACUUCUCCAACGUGCCAGUGGCCAUCGAAGGUGAGCAUUUGCCCACUGAAGUCGGUACGACGCCGAACUGCAGUCAGGUCAAGACCCUGGUGAGGACGACGAGCACGCAGAUGAGCUUCCCUGAGACGGUUUCUGACAGUUUAUGCAGAAAUUAUUCGGUUGUGCAAACCCACAAUUUCAUCAGCCAUCCGGGUGGCUUGUCUCAGACGAUCCCGCAUGUGAAGAAGCCGGAUGUGGAGGUCCUGGGCUGGCGUGGUUACACGUGGUCUGCGGUUGGGAGGCCGGUUGGACGUACUGCCAAAUUCUCUAAAAUGACGUUGGAGGCGGCUUAUGGUAGAGAAAUGCACAUUAAAUUCUCUGGCAACAGCUCUGGUGGAUAUUCCUGCAGUCAGCAUUCCAAUUGCACGCUCCCUCAAAACUUGAGGCAUAUGUGGCAUUGUUGUGUGACAAAAUUGCACAUUUUAGAGUUACCUUUUAUUUUCCCCAGCACAAGGUGCACCUGUGUAAUGAUCAUUACAUUUUUCUGUGAGGUUAAAAUUAGAGAAAACCUUGAGCCUUGAAAUAAUGAAAGCUUUUCAGCUCAGAUUUUCCCACGUCACCCUGGGUAGUUUUAAUAAUACAUCUUGUGCUCUCAUCUGUCUGUUUUCAGAACUGUUAUCUGGACCGACUGAAGGACAUCAGGGACACUCUGGAAAGAUCAACCUUCUUCAAGACCCACGAGGUAAACAAAGCUAUUUUUUGUCCUCCGCUGGUAUUUUUGAGUUGUAACAUUUACUGAAAUGGAAGCAUUUGAGAUCCGCCCAUGUACCACUCAACAGAUACAGGAGGCUACAAUCUGUGCAGUGGAAACCCAUGAACAAUGGCAUCCACACAAACACCAACCAAUCACAGGACAUUGUUAUUCUAAACAGGAAGCGUAGUCAGGCUCCUGAAGGUGCUGUGGCGUUUCAGAGGAAAGAUUGAGACACAGGCCCUAGAACAAACCUCUCUGGAAUAACCUAUGUCCUGCUGCUUAGGUGGAGUCAAAUACAGGGUGUGUACAUUAGGUACAGGGUGUGUCUGUUAAUCCCUCUGAUAUGCGUACUCUAUGUGAAGUCAGUGGGUCUUUAUAGUGACAUUUUAUGAAGACUCAGGAAUAGCUGAUUAAUAAGAUUAUUUGGACUCCCAUUUACGUCAACCAUCUGUCCAGACAUACUGUAGUCAGACACACCUGUAACAUAUAAUAGUCAGAAAAAUAUGUACAGUACCAUGUCUUUUCCCUGUCAACUAACUACAGAAAGCAUAGAACCAUUUGAUCAAAUAUGUCAUAAGAUAAAGUUUAACAGUAAAUUAACUAUGUACAUACAGUAGUCAAAUACAACUGAAUCAUGAUUUACCUUUACAGUAAUAAGAGGGGUGCUUGAAGAAUGUUGAUUUAAUGGGCAGAUAUUUACUCAAUGCAGAUAACAUACUUAACGUGAUUAUACUGUGUAUGGCGAUUAUAGACCAUACUGAACAGGAUAUUCUUCAUUAGGCUUCUCCCUCUUUAUUCUUACAUUUAUUUUAAGCGCUUUGAGAUUCUAUGAAAAGCGCUAUAGAAACGUAAUAAAAUAUUAUUAUUAUUAUUAAAUGCCUACCAUGCACACAUUCCAAACUCUAUUUGAAACCUCUAUUUUUAGCCUAUUGUAAACAGAAAAAGAAAUGUGUUAUUUUAGCUAAAUGUUUUCAUCCUAUUUGGUAUGGGUCUGCUGAUAGUUUGUGUUUUUUGUAGAGCUUUGUCCUGCCAGAGGUCUCAGUGUUUUGAGGACUAAGAUGGAUCCCUCUCUCCCUCUCUCCUUCCCCAGGUGAUUGGCAGCUCACUGCUGUUCAUCCAUGAUAAGCGGGGGCAGGCCAAGGUGUGGAUGAUAGACUUUGGGAAGACCACCCCUCUGCCUGAAGGACAGGUCCUGAGUCACAGGGCCACCUGGGAGGAGGGCAACCGCGAGGACGGCUACCUCUAUGGCCUGGACCACCUCAUAGACAUUCUCACCCAUAUGGUG